GGCUCUAACGCCACCUUUUUUGUCGAUUUCUCGCGAAGUCUUAUAAAGAAAAGGAGAAAUAAUAACGAAAAACACAACGAUUUUCUGCAGUUAUUAAUGAAUUCGGAGAGAAGUGAUGGCGAUAUCCGAGAGGCCAGUGAUGCCAAUGAAGCACAUCAUGUGAAUGAGGGUAAGGAUGAGAUCAAAGCCAAUGUCGAGGCCUUCGCCGGUGUGUUGGAGAAGACGUUGACUGAAGACGAGAUAUUAGCGCAAUGUUACAUAUUUUUCAUCGCGGGAUAUGAGACAACGGCUACCACUCUGUCAUUCUGUGCCUAUGAGUUGGCCCUCAAUCCGGAACUUCAGGACAGACUCUAUGAGGAGACGAAAGAGGCGUUCAAUGAAAAGGGAGAAAUGGAUUACUCAGUGCUGUCGAGACUACCAUUCAUUGACGCACUUCUCUCCGAAACUCUUCGUCAUUAUUCUUUUGCACUUCGACUCGAGAGGGAAGCCAUGGAAGACGUUAUGUUAGGCAACACUGGAGUGAAGAUCGAGAAGGGAGUGAUCGUUGAGAUCCCUAUCUAUGCCAUACAUCACGACCCCGACCACUAUCCGGAUCCAUUUACCUUCAACCCGGAUAGGUUUAUGCCCUCAAACCGGGGUCAUAUCAAACCCUAUACUUAC